UCAGCCUGUAAAAAUGGUCGGGCUUACUAAACUAUUAGAUUCCGUUUUUUAUAGACAAUUCGAGAGAUUUUUAAUUCUUGCCAGAAUAAACGUAACCGCAGACUGUUAUCACAUUAUGGUGACUGCCGCGACAAUAUUGAACCGUGGUUAACUCAUAUUUAUAAGACCGCGGUUUGUGUAUCCUGUCUACAGAGCAUAUUAAUUUAAAUUUGUUUAUGUCUUAAUCGUAAAUGUUUUUUGUAUUAUUUUUUCGUGUGAAAUAUACAUACACACAUGUAUAACAAAAAUGUUGAAAAUAUGCGUAUUACCAUUUUAGUAAUGGACUAGUGGACUUUGGAUGGACUUUCUCGCCAAGAUGAGCCCACUAACUGCCUUGAAUAAUACUUAUUAUUAGGAAAAUAUAAAAAUAUUCAUAGACACAUAUAAAAGGAUUCACUCAACAUAUUUAUUAGCUUAAGAAAAACUGCUUUAUUGAGAACUGCAUGCCAAGUUUGAAUCACCUUUGUGUAUGAAUGCAUAUCUGUAUAUUUAUAAAUAGGGUCAAUUAACAAUGAAUGGUAACAAAAAAUGUAAUAUUUUUGAAUACCUGUUACAAGAAUAGCUCGUUGCAUUUCUUUAAUACGCACGUUUUUUUAAACAGCUGCGGCAUUUAAAACAAAUUGCUUUGUGCGUAUGCUAUAUAAAAGCGAACUUUACUAGUGACUAAAUCAGUUCAACAGGAGUUUGCGAAUCCCACUGAAAUGAAGUUCUUCUUGUUAUUGGCUUGUCUGGCACUUUACGUGGCCCACAUCCAGGCCCAGCGCUUUUGCGUUGGCCGUCCAGUUAACCAGGUCUGCACAGGCGGCAGAGAUAUUGGCCACAACCGUAAUAGCGCCUGUCGCAAUUUCGCCAUGAGAGAAAUGUGGUACUACGAUGCGCGCCGGCGUAGCUGUGUCAAGAUGAACUAUCUUGGCUGCGGUGGCAACGGGAAUCGUUACUGCUCAAAUGCUGAUUGCUUAGCCAAGUGCAGGCGUUAAAAUUACCAGAUGAAAAGUACACGAAUAAUACA